AUGGAUUUUUCUAAUCUCCCAGCCGGCACUGGCCUUACUGUGCUUAAUAACUGGUUGCUGACUCGUUCUUAUAUCACCGGCCACGCUCCCACACAAGCCGAUGUUGCCUGUUUCAAGGCUCUCAAGAGUUCUCCCGAUAUUGCCAAGUACCCCCAUGCCGCUCGAUGGUUCACACAUAUCGCCACUUUUGAAAGCGAAUUUUCUACCCUUAGUGGAGAUGCCACCAAACCCUAUACUGUCUAUGGUCCGGAGGUCACUGAGAUCACCGCGAACUUCUCUGUGGCUCUUGCAGCUGAUGAUGAUAAUGAUGACGUCGACUUGUUCAGUAGUGACGAUGAGAAUGAGAAUGAAGAAGUAGUCCGUAUCCGCGAGGAACGUCUAGCUGAGUACCGCAAGAGGCGAGAGGGCAAAGUCAAGCCCGCUGCUAAGUCUCUUGUUACUCUGGACGUGAAACCUUGGGAUGAUGAUACCAAUAUGGUUGCCCUCGAGGCGGCUGUUCGUGGUAUUGAAAAGGAUGGCUUGGUAUGGGGUCAAUCUAAGCUAGUAGCCAUUGGAUUCGGCAUCAAGAAGCUGCAGAUCAAUCUAGUUGUUGAGGAUGAAAAAGUGUCUACUGAUGACCUUCAGGAGCAAAUUCAGGAUUUCGAGGAUUAUGUUCAGUCUUCUGAUGUUGUUGCUAUGCAGAAGUUUUAA